AUGAUGAGUGCACCAAAACCUUGUAUCCUUGCAGCAUUGUUUUCGGUCCUUCUUUUCAUGUCUCUAAAACUAAGCAAAUGUAUCAACUGCCCUGAAGUUGAAAAGCAAUCACUUCUAACCUUCAAGCAAUCUCUGCAGGACCCCAAAAACGUGUUUUCUUCUUGGGAUGCUAAAUUUGAUUGUUGCAAGUGGAAAGGUGUUGUUUGCAGCAACUUAACUGGUCAAGUUCUUCAACUCCAUCUUCAAGGUAACAGUUUAAGUGGCAAAAUAAACUCAUCUUUGCUCAACUUGAAGCAUUUGAAAUAUCUUGACCUGAGCGAUAACAACUUUCAUGAAAAUAUCCCUUCUUUCAUUGGAUCACUCACAAGCCUCGAGUACUUGAAUCUAUCAUUUGCUGGAUUUUAUGGAAAUAUUCCCCACAAUAUUGGAAAUCUUUCCAAUUUGCACGUUUUAAGUUUGGCUGACCAUGGGUAUUUAGCGCUGGAGUUGGAAGUCAAUAGUGUUGAAUGGUUGUCGGGACUUUCUCAACUGGAGCACCUCAACAUGAAUGAAGUGAACCUCAGGAAAGCAACCCACUGGGCACACCAGGUGAUCAACAAACUUCCUUCUUUAGUGGAGCUGCAUUUUAGUGGAUGUAAUCUUAAUUUGAUGGCUCCUCUGAAUGAUGUUAUCAAUAUCAGCCGUUCUAAUUUAGCCACUCUUGAUCUCUCCUACAAUUCCCUGUCUUAUGCCAUCAUCCCUCCCUGGAUUUUUCAACUCAACAACCUUAUCUAUCUUGAUAUGAGUAACAACUCAUUCCAAGGCCCAAUUCCAACAAUGAGCAACACCACAAAACUCCAAUACAUUGAUCUCUCUUGGAACUAUUUGAAUUCGAGCAUUCCACAGUGGCUCUACACCUGCAAACACCUCCAGUACCUCGAUUUUCGUUUCAAUGAACUUUCUGGAAAAAUACCAAGAGAAAUUACAAACUUGUGUAAUAUACAGACCUUGAAUUUAUUGGGUAAUAAUUUGGGAGGAGAGAUAUCGGAUUCAUUUGGAAACAUGUCAGAUUGCUUCUUACGAACAUUGGAAUUUUUAGAUUUGUCAUGGAAUCAGCUCUCCGGUCAUCUGCCUCCUCAAUUUGGAAAAUUUAAGCGUCUUCGGUAUCUUUACCUUAGAGAAAACUCAUUGUCCGGUGUAAUUCCAGUUGAAUUAGGGAAGUUGGUUUCCCUUGUAAGGUUAGACUUGAGUAGUAAUAAAUUGAUGGGGAACUUACCAGAGAGUAUAGGAAACUUGCUUUCUCUUGAAAGGUUAUACUUGGAUAAUAAUAAAUUGAGGGGGAACUUACCAGAGAGUAUUGGGAAACUUGUCAACUUGACUCAUCUUUCCAUAAAGGAUAACAUGUUGGAAGGGGUUGUGACUGAAACCCACUUUGCCCAUCUCUCAAAUUUAAAAAUAUUGGAAGCCUCUGGAAACCACUUGACUUUGAAAGUCAACCCCAAUUGGAUUCCACCAUUCAAAUUAGAGUCGCUAUGUCUAGGGUCUUGGGGCUUGGUAUCUCCAUUUCCGUUAUGGCUUGAGACUCAGAAAGAGAGUAUCUCCAGUCUGGAUUUGUCGUGUACUGGAAUCUAUGGAAAUGUUCCCAGCUGGUUAUGGAGUUUGAGUUAUCUCAACCUUUCCCAUAACCAACUUGACGGAAAGAUUUUAUCCAUUAUUAGUGAUCGUGGAAAUGAUGAAUAUGAUGGCCCCUUACAUAUUUUUGACUUGAGUGCCAACAGGUUUAGUGGUCCACUGCCUCCAGUAAUGACGAGUUCAUCCUUAGAACUCCAUUUCUCCAAUAACUCAUUUUCCGGAGGUCUGUCAGAUUUUCUUUGUGUCAAUACAUCCAAUGUAGGGCUUAUAAAUUUUGCAGGAAACCAUCUUUCUGGAGAGUUACCCGAAUGUUUUAUCAAAUGGCAAUCAUUGCAAGUGUUGAACUUAGGCAACAACAAAUUGUCCGGAAGAAUACCGAAUUCCAUGGGAUUUCUUAAAGAUUUAGCGUCUUUGAAUCUCCGCGGAAACAGUUUCUCUGGACACAUUCCUUCUUCAUUGCAAAAAUGCACGAAUCUAAUGAUGAUUGACUUUGGUGAUAACAGUCUUGGUGGGGACAUACCGAAAUGGAUUGACACAAGAUUUUUCAGUUUGAGAUAUCUCAUUUUGCAGUCCAACAAUUUCAGCGGGGAAAUUAGUCCAUCCAUAUGCCAGCUCACUUCUCUUCAAGUCUUGCUUCUCUCUAAUAACAAACUGUCAGGGAGGCUACCUCAAUGCCUCAACAAUCUUACCACAAUGACCAGUAAAGGGAUUUCUGAUAGGCCAUACUAUUCUGUAUCCUUCGAUUUGGGUAGGCUACGAUCUGUUACAUAUGGAAGAGAAUUUCACGAAAGUGUAUCAAUUGCGACAAAGGGCAGAGAACUCACAUACGACGCCACUCUCUUUUUGGUCAAAAGUAUUGACCUUUCAAACAACAUCCUGUCUGGUGAUAUCCCAAUUGAGAUAACAAGUCUGGUGGAACUCCAAUCAUUGAACCUGUCCCGAAAUCGUCUAACGGGAUCCAUCCCAAACAACAUUGGAAACAUGAAGAAUCUUGUAUCUCUUGAUUUCUCCAGGAAUUCAUUAUCCGGCAAGAUUCCAAGUAGCAUCACAACCAUGUCUUUUUUGAGUAACCUAAAUCUGUCGUAUAACAACUUGACGGGGAGAAUCCCACAAAGCACCCAAAUUGGGAGCUUCAACGAGUCAAGCUUCAUCGGCAACAAUCUUUGUGGCUUUCCACUAAGUAUUUCUUGCAAAAAUGAUGGUAAUGUCCCUGCCCCGACACAGGUGCAGAUUCAAGGCCGAAAAAGGAAUAAGCAAGAGAUUGAUUUGUUUUACGUAUUCCUAUCUUUAGGGUACGCUGUUGGGGUAUCAGCUGUCCUCUCUGCAUUGUUUUUUAAGAAGAAUUGGAGGGAAGCUUAUUAUGCCUUCUUUCAGAAACUGUGGGACCGUGUUUAUGUGUAUUUCGUUAUCCAAUGGAGGAGGCUCAUGAGACUGUUGGGUCAAAACCCCUAA